AUGUUUGCUGCGAGUAGCGCGGAGCAACCAGCUUCCGCCGGCGGGACGGACAAGAUGGCUGGUGUAGCAAUUCAAGAAAGCGAAACAGGCAAUAAAGCAAAGGCGGCACCAUCAAAGCCCGUGUAUCAGAAAAGCAAGACGCCCAAACCGCCGGUAGAGCGGAUGAUUCUCACCCGAGCGGAGGUGGGUGACCACAUCGUAUUUAUCGGGGAUGUGCACGGCUGCGCCGACGAAGUCGAGGAGCUGCUGCGGCAGGCGCCACCGAAUUCCACCUUCGUCUUCGUCGGGGACCUGGUGCAUAAAGGUAUUAGGAGUACAUAAUUUUCCUAACAGCUCUUAGUUACGAUGCGGCCGCAUAAAAAUAUAUACGAAUCGAAAAUGGAUCGAUAGGGGUCCAAAGGCACAGGCAGUAGAAACCCAAUUUUUAUCGCACACAUCAUCUUCCAUAUGAUUUCCAGGCCCGCGCAGUCCCGCUGCAAUCCGCAUCGCGCGCGAGAACGGAUACUGUGUCCGGGGGAAUCAUGACGAUUCUUUUUUGGCGGCCUACUACCGCUGCGGAAAAUACAGUGAAAGCAUCCAAAACUACCGCUUUCCCGAGCUGGUUUCGCAGGUUCCGCCCGUCGACGUGGAGUGGCUUCGAGACUGUCCGUUGAUGGUAGUACAAGUUUGGUUCUAAUGGUUAUGCGCCGUUUAUUGUACAAAAUCAAAAGCCUUUGAUUCUUUGAUGUUUAGGUGCAAAUCGUUUUUGACUACACAACAGAUCCUUCUUCCCUGGCUCGGCAUGGUUGUUGUGCACGCCGGUAUGGUUCCUGGGGUUACCUUGGACCGCCAACGCUUCGACGACUUACUGUGGAUGCGAGAUGUCGUUCCUGUGCGAGAAAAUAAAGAACAAGUGCCUGCAGAACAGCAGGAACAGAACAACGGUCAAAAUGUCAGAGCCGGCACACAGGAGCCUACUUCAGGAGACGUGAUCAAACCAUCUUCGAGCAGCAGCGGUACAGCUUUUCAGUCCCUGGAAAAAACCAGCCCGGAGUCUCUUCCCUGGGCGCACGUCUGGAGUCGCUGCACGACGAACUACACCACGAGGAAUAUUAACUUGGUAUCCGCGAACACUUCGGGGAUGCAGAAUCUUGCAGACGCGCUGUCGAUCCGAUUGGCGGACAGCUGCACUGUGAAAAACUAUCCGACACGGCCCCGACGUGUCAGUACAACAAGCACCGCGGCAGACAGCGCCAGCUACGCGGGGAGUUUGUCUGGGGUAUUAAAAUAACAUGUUGCGCUUGCGUGCGAAAUAAAUUAAAAGUUUCGUUCUGAUCUUCUCCAAUACUUGUAGUGUAUGUCGAACAAGCCCAAACGACGCACAAAUGUAGAUAUCAAAUCGCAAUUCUAAUGAGUUGAAUCAAAUAGCUGCCACGUCAGUAGCGUAUAAAUUCUACAACACAAAGACGCCGAUCGCGGUUGCCAGCAGCAACAAGGCCCGGCAGCACAUCGGGCCUCCUUCGUCCUCCCGUAUUGUCGAUCACAGCGCAGGCCUGUUUGGCCCCUCUACUUCCAGGGGAGUACUUGACCAGCAGCAACAGAAUUUCAGCAACUCCAACUCCGUUCUCGCGACCCCGCCGCCGGAGCGCGUACUUUUACAGCAGACGUUCUCCAUCGCGGGCUCCUCCGCACCCUCGUGGACGCCAGGACCGGGCUCGACGAUUGACGAGGUGGCCGAAACGUCCUACGAAUCGGUGGAAUCCUUCCGCGACGAGGACGAGGGUGAAAACGGAGGGACCAGCACAACUGACCAGGAUUCUGCUCCAAAGCCUCUCCACGUCGUGUUCGGGCACGAUGCGGUCCGCGGACUGCAGGAGGAAGAGUUCGCGACGGGCUUAGAUACCGGCUGCUGCUACGGUGGCUUUCUUACCGCGUUAGUGGUCAAGGCCGACGACCCCACGGACCGGCACUACAUCCAAGUGCAGGCCAGGAAGCAGUACUCCCAGAAGACCGGCACCGCCGCGGAAGACGAGGGAAAGCUGCUGCCAACGUUGGCAAGUGGCAGGGACAAAGUCUUCUACUGGAGCACAGCGCUGGGAACCUGGACUACGCAAGAAGCAGACCCCGAUGCUGCGGCAGGCAGUACUACGGGAGGAAUGCAGAGGAUGAAAGUGGACGAGCCGAACAAAUCUGGCGUUCCGCCAUUUUCUGCACAGCAAGAAAAUGCUGAUGUUGCCCAGCGCGUGAAACAGUUUGAGUUGUGA